AUGGAUGAUUUGCCUGAGACCAGCUGCACCAAUGAAGGAACUGAUUUAGAAACCUUGGACUAUCUAAGAGGCGUUAAAUCUUCUACGUGUUUAUUAUUACCAAUGACUCCUAGUCCAACGCCGUUGGACUUUAAGCAUCCACUCUCUGAGGAAAUGAACGAAGACCAACUUCUUAGCUUAGCGGAUGAUCCUAAAAUGAGUACUAUGCAGAAUUCAGAUGCAUCUGCUGGAGAUUCUAGUUCAUCAGGGGACUCUAAUUCUGUUGUCCAAGAUCCAGUCAGCGCUCAGCUAAUUAAUAAUAUAAGUAUGUUAGACUAUCAAACAUUGAGCAAAAAUGGAGAUAUGAUUAUCAGACAACCUGAAGGUUGCAAAAUCAAUGGAAAUAUAACUGUCAACAAUAGAAAAUUGCCAAAUUUUGUGAAUUGGAACUGGAUUGUUAUAAGAAAGAUAUUACUCUGGAGUGGUUACUUAGCGAUGUUCGACUUGUCAUUGAAUACCAGCUCGUUCGAACACCUGGUGUUUGGAUGUAAGAGUCCGAUAGAUUUUGUAUUGAACCAUAGGUGGAAGAUGCUGAUAAGGAUGUCGAUAGAUAUGGGGUACUUCGGUAUUGAAGACUACUCUUAUGGAUAUUUGACAUUCGUGACUCCGUUAGUUUGUGAUCGAGGUAGUUUUGUUGCGAAACAGCAGGAUCCUGCAGCGGAUAGUAAACGUAAUCUACGUCGCUAUAUAACUGUUGAUGGAAAACGGGAUUCUGCGGUGGAGGUGGUGGCGGGAGACGUGAUG